AUGACUGGGACUGGCAAGACGGUCGUGGUAUUAGGCGGCUCGAUCGGCGGCCUCGGUGUCGCUCAUCGCCUGCUCAAGAAGACCCUGCCCAAGCACCCAGACCUCAAGGUCAUCCUCGUAUCCAAAAACAGCCACUUUUACUGGAACGUGGCCGCCGUGCGCGCCAUCAUCCCCGACGCCGUCCAAGACGAGGAGCUGCUGCAGCCCAUCGGCCCCGGCCUUGCACAGUACAACACGUCUGCACACCCCGCGGCCGCCGAGUUUGUCCUCGGCGCGGCGCAGUCCGUCGACACCACCGCCCGCACCGUGACCAUUGAGACGGCCGACGACGCCGAUGGCUCUCCCCGCCGCCGCACCGUGCGCUACGACUACCUCGUCCUCGCGACCGGCUCGCGCUCCGUCGCGCCGGGCCUGCCGUGGAAGGCCGACGGGACGUACGCGGACCUGAUCGCGGAGCUCCAUGGCACGGCCGCGCGCGUGCGGGCCGCCGCGCACAUUGUCGUCGCGGGCGGCGGCGCCACCGGCGUCGAGGUCUGCGGCGAGCUGCGCCACGAGUGCCCGGACACGCGCGUCGUGCUCGUAGCCGGUAGUGGAGAGGCGCUACUCGGCGGCGACGCGACGGCGCCGGCGCUGGAGCGCGCGCUCACGGACAUGGGCGUCGUCGUGCGCAAGGGCGUGCGCACCGUGGGCACGCGGGACACGGCCGACGGUCGCACCGAGGUGGCGCUCUCCAACGGCGAGACUAUUGUCACCGACUUGUACCUCCAGACGGUAGGCAUGGCGCCGAAUUCAGAAUUCAUCCCCGAUGAGCUCCUGGAUGACAAGAAGCUCGUCAAGGCGGACGAGUACAUGCGUGUCACGGGCGCGGACAAUGUGUGGGCUGUCGGCGACAUUGUCGGCAAGCCGAGCGCUGGAUAUCUCAUAACUGAAGCGCAGGCAAGUUGCGUGGCCACCAACAUUGGCAGCGUCCUGUCUGGGAAGGAGCAGCAGCCUCGAGGGUCGACUAUGGAUAUAAUCCUCGUCUCUACGGGCCGUUGUGGCGGCGUCGGGCGGUACGGCUGGCUGCCGAUACCUUCCUUUGCGGUAUGGGUUGCCAAGUCGCGAACACUCGGUGUUGAACGAACCCCCAAGUUUGUUGAUGGUUCCAUUUGGUAA